CACAUGUCCAACAAUCCCCGAUUCUACAAAACCCUACCGAAAUCGAACUCUCCCCCGAAAGUAUCGUGAGCCUAAGUAAAGGAACCCCAUAGAAAUACAUUAUGGCUCGAUUAUCGUCGGCGUCACCAUUUACCGCCGGCGGCGCAUCCCCCGAGAAGGGCGCAGCCGAGCUGAACCAACUCCUGCGACGACUCGACCACGCGAUCCUCCAUGCCGAUCAGAGCCGCGAGCGCAGGUUACGGGCUAGCGAAUUUGAGCGAGCGAGAUUGAAUUCGAACCUUGAAUAUGCCCGAAGUCUUCUUACCAGAGUAGAGCAGGAGGCACUGCACGUCAAGCUACUCUCCCGGAGACAGGAUAUGCAGGUCGACCUGAACCGUAAACGCGAACUUCUCGAAAGGCUGGUGGACAGGAUGCAUGAUCUUGAACAGUUACACGAGGAUGAGGAUGACAACAGUUCAGAUGGAGAGGACGUCCUGGCCGAUAUCAUUCCCACACCGAGCGAGAGCAUGGACUCGCGAUCAACAGACAUACCCACAGACAACACCCCCGAAGACGACGACGAUGAACCAGAAAUACCUGACCUGCCUCCACCAGUCACAGCUGUUCUCAGAGAACCGUCAGAGGCGCCAUCGGCGCCAGCACGAUCAGCAACAGAACCAUCACCUGCGCCGCAAACACACACGACCCCCGACGCGGGCACGACGACAACGCAGACCCUCCGCUCCCGCGGCCCAGCAGCCCGCCCAGACUCGCCCUCCGCGACAACGACAGCCACAGCCCGCGCAGCCCUCUUCGCCUCCCGCCGCUCCAACACCAUGAAAUCAUCGGCCUCCGGACCCGCGUCGUCGACGGCGACGGCCGAGGCGAUCCUGGACCACCAGCGCGCGGAACAGGACGCGCUCUCCGAGUCGAUCCUCAAGAUGGCCAGCGCGCUCAAGGCCAGCUCGCAGAAGUUCUCGAGCACCCUCGAGCAGGACAAGGGCGUGGUGUCGCGGGCGGCGGACGGGAUGGAUAAGACGGAGAGAUCGAUGGACGCCGCGAGCCGGCGAAUGGGCACGCUGCGGAAGAUGACGGAGGGGAAAGGGUGGUGGGGGCGGAUGAUUUUGUAUGCCUGGGUGUACGGGCUCAUGGUGGCCUUGAUCCUCUUGGUGUUUGUAAUGCCCAAGCUGAGAUUUUGAGGCAUGAGGUGCGGUAGGUAUGAAAAGGCCUAGCACUUGUUUUGCGAAGAUUCAGAACGUUUUUGGCAACAUGUCUACAGGGGCGUUUGGAUAACAAAGGGGGCUCCUUCUCUGAAUCGGGUACGAGGGGGGCAUAGCAUAAGCGGCACUACCAAAUGCAAAGAUGAUUCUGCUU